AAAUAAAAAUUUAAAUCCAUAUUCCAUUCCAUAAUCAUUCAGAAGAAGGAAAGCUUCGCACAACGUUGUACUUUUCCUCCCAAUUUAUGCGAACAGAUCCAUCUCUCUUUCUCUCUAGGGUUUUGUUCGGCGCGUCGUUUCAGGCCCACCUUUGUUCAGCAACGUAGGUCAGUAUAGAUGGAAGCUCGUUGUGAUUUCUUGCAAUGGCUUCAAAGGGAUAUGUCGCUGAAGAUUUUCAUGUCUCUGAAUGAUCCAUCUGAUCUCAUCCGUGCUAGUGCUGUGUCGCCCUCCUGGCACCAUUUUGUGACUGCAAAUGGACUUUGUAAGCAAUUAUGCUUGAGAUUGUUUCCUCAAUUAUCUAGUGUAUCUUUUGUCACUGAACCAAGCUGUGGAUUGAAAAAAUCUGCUGAUGUUGGAUCUAGCAAUUCUGUUGAAUGGGAAGCUCUUGAGAUGGAACACAGGGCUUAUGCCUUCCUAGUUCGAGCUCUUACAACAUUCACACCAAAAGAUUGCAUAGCAGAGGCUAUUAGUGCUUCCAGCACUGAUAAUUUUCCAGAAGAAAGCAUUCAAAAUACUCUAGAUCCAAGGGACAGAGUUCUUAGGAGAGCCUCGUAUUGGUCGAGCAAAGGACAAAGUGAUCCUAGUGUGCCUGAAACACUAAUAUAUAAAGUAACUGGCAAUCUCUGUGUCAUCACUGAAAUCAGUGUACAACCUUUCCUAGCUUAUUUUCAGCCAGGCUUUCCCAUAUACUCGGCGAAUUCUGUUCGAUUUCGAAUGGGUCAUCCUAGAUCCCCGGAGGAUGUGGAGAGUGAUCCCAGGAACUUGCCAUUGCAGCAUCCUGCUGAUGACAAGUUCAUAUGGACACACACUUCGCAAGAGUUUCCAAUGACCCAGGAAAAUUACUUGCAAAAGUUUCAGCUGCCAGAACCUGUUAUUUGCAUUGGUGGAUUUUUACAAAUUGAGCUGCUGGGUAGAGUUCAGAGACAAGAAAUGGAUGGCUUAUUCUAUAUAUGUGUUUCUUAUGUUGAAGUUAUGGGGCAGUCACUAUUUCCAGCAUUUGAUGUUAAAAAUAUUGAACCCUCUGGAAAGUUAUUGUUGAAGUACAAUCCGGAGGUUCAACAUUGCGCUUCAUCAAUCUCUUCUUACCGUCAACCUCUUGCAACCUCGCCAAACAUGUUGCGCGAUAACUUGAGGGGUUUGGAGCUUUUGUUGAACAUGUUGCACGGAAAUGCACCAGAUCAUGAGCACAAUGACUGGGACGAUGACGACGACAAUGACAAUGAUCUAGACUUGGUUCCUAUGUAAAAUCCUUUACCAUUCUCUCUCUCUCUCUGAGUCUCUCAGAUUGUACAGCCAUGCCGCUCCAUCCAGGGUUUAAUUUCUGGGCUGCUGGAAACCCAUAAUUGAGAGUGCGACUCUGCUGCUAGACUUUUUGUUCUUUAUAAUCUACCUGUUUUACUGUUAUAAAACCUUUAAUGGCAUAGUUAUAUGUAUCAAAUGGUUCAACAAUUGAUUUUUUAGCAUUUUUUUUGGAUAUUUA